GUCACCACUCCCCCGAAACACACUCAUAUAUAAACGACUAUUUUCAAAAUGUUCCUCACACUAUCCUCUUAGUGCACAAACAUGGCAUUCAAAUUCGUAGUAUUCGCCGCUUUCGUAGCUGUAGCCCGUGCUGGCGGUUUGGGAUAUGCUGCCCCAGCUUUGGCUUCCUACGCCACUCCAUUAACUCACAGCUACGCCGCUCCAGCCGUAUCCGCCUACGCCGCCCCCGUCGUAGCGAAAUACUCUGCUGCCCCAGCCGUCUCUUACUCCAGCAUCUCUGCCCCAGUCGUUGCCAAAGCCGUAGCUCCAGUAGCCACCUACGCAGCUGCCCCAGCCUACGCUCACGCCGCUCCAGUAGCCACUUAUGCCGCUGCCCCAGCUUACGCCCACGCUGCCCCAGCUGUAGCCACUUAUGCUGCCCCAGUAGCUAAAGUAGCCUAUGCUCCAGUACAAAAGACCAUCAUCGCCGAACCAGAAGCCCCAGCUCACUACGAUUUCGGAUACGCCGUUAACGACCCACACACCGGAGACAGCAAAUCCCAACAAGAAUCUCGUGCUGGAGACGCCGUCCACGGUAGCUACUCCCUCAUUGAAGCCGACGGCAGCAAACGUACCGUAGAAUACACCGCUGAUGCCCACAAUGGCUUCAACGCUGUAGUACACAAAGAACCAGCCGCCGUUGCCGUAAAAGCCGUAGCUCCAGUCGUAGCUAAAGUUGCCGCUCCAGUAGCUCACUACGCCACCCCAGCUGUAGCUCACUACGCCGCUCCAGCCGUAGCUCACUCCUACGCCCCAGCCGCCGUAUCUGCCUACGCUGCCCCAGUCGUUGCCAAAUACUCCGCUGCCCCAGCCGUAGCUACCUCCUACUCCAGCAUUGCCGCCCCAGUAGCCGCUGUCGCUAAACUAGCUGCCCCAGCUUUGUCCUACGCUCAUGCUGCCCCAGCUCUUUCCUACGCUCACGCUGCUCCAGCUCAUUCUUACUACCACUAAGUUAGUGCUUAGUUAGUUAACGUGUUAUUUUGAAUGCCAUAGAAUAUUUAUUUAUUGAAUAAAAAUUCUUAA